UUACAAUUUACAAAGAAAAAAUAUAACAAAAAUGGCAACUCAGAGAAGUGUUCUUCUUAUUAUAGGGCUUGUCAUUAGCAGCUGCUUUUUCUCUGUGGCAUUCGCAGUCUCUGGCACUGCCACUUACUAUACAACUUAUGUUCCAUCUGCAUGCUACGGCAAUGAAGACCAAGGGGUGAUGAUCGCCGCCGCAAGUGACGUAUUGUGGGAGAACGGGGCUGCAUGUGGAAGAAUGUACAGGGUGACAUGCACCGGAGCUACAAAUGGUGUACCUGAGCCUUGCACAGGCGCAAAUGUUACUGUCAAAAUUGUUGAUUAUUGUCCAGGGUGUCAAGGAACCCUAGAUCUCUCCCAACAAGCCUUCGCUCAGAUUGCUAACCUUGUCGCUGGAAUAAUAAACAUCGAUUACACUCAGGUUUGAAGAUAAUUCUGCUGUCAGGAUUGUCAAGCUCUUUGAUAAUACAAAUGAUAAUAAUGUUGAGAAUAAAAUUUCUGAAAUAAGAGUGUUCUUGGAAAUAAAAAGGAAUCCUUCUUCCUUUUAUAAUAAUAAUAAUGAUUUGUAUUGAAAUUA